GAGAAUCCACUGAGGGUUGAUAUAAUGGUGGACUGCCUGCAGUUGCUUCAAAAAAUCGGCGGUGGUUUAUCGCACGCGUUCGUCAAACUUGUGGCCACCGAUUUAAACCUCACAAACAUGACCUUGAUAAGUAACUACGUUCACUUACGUUUCGUUGACCUUUCCAUGAACAAGAUCAAGGACACUACCCCUCUGAGGGCGCUGCUCUUUCUGACGACACUCAAGAUGGAUGCAAACCUCAUCCAAAUGCUCCAACUACAACCCUUUCUUUAUCUUCAGCAGGCAAGUUUUUCCAACAACUUCAUCCACUUGACAAUAGGGUUCUUCCAUCCAUCUAUAACGCAUUUCAAUCUUGGCUUUAAUCGUCUGAGAAGCAUGGCCGGUUGCAAGUUGAGUUUGGCGACGAACCUAACAGAACUGCAGCUGAAUGGCAACAAGUUAACCUCGCUGGUUGGCAUUAAUUGUCCGAAUCUCAAGAGAUUGUAUGCAGCGAACAAUAGGUUAAGGUCAUUUGAGGGUGUCGAAACGUUGGUGAACUUGGACAUCUUGCACUUGAGGAAGAACAAGUUCAGGUCAAUUGAUGAGAGAGUAGUGGCGCUCAAGAAUCUGACCUACUUUAAUUUGAGGUUCUCUGAUUGGUUGUGGCUGGCUGGCCGAUUGUAUAUGGCGGGCUGGUUGGUUGUGAUUGGCUGUCCAAUAGAGAAGAUGGAGAACUACAGACAGGAAGUGCUGAUGAUCAUCCCGACCUUGAAGAAGCUGGACAAGGAAAUAUUUCUAGAGAUAGAUUAUCAAGAGGCCCUGGAUGUCAAGGUCGAAAGAGAGGAAGAAAUGAGGAUGAAAGUGAGAAGACGAUGA